AUGGUAAUGAACCAACCUGACAUCGUGGUGGUGGACAAAGGGCAGAGGACAGCCGUGGUGGUGGACAAAGGGCAGAGGACAGCCGUGGUGGUGGACAAAGGACAGAGGAUAGCCGUGGUGGUAGACAAAGGGCAGAGGACAGCCGUGGUGGUGGACAAAGGGCAGAGGAUAGCCGUGGUGGUGGACAAAGGGCAGAGGACAGCCGUGGUGGUGGACAAAGGGCAGAGGACAGCCGUGGUGGUGGACAAAGGGCAGAGGACAGCCGUGGUGGUGGACAAAGGGCAGAGGACAGCCGUGGUGGUGGACAAAGGGCAGAGGAUAGCCGUGGUGGUGGACAAAGGGCAGAGGACAGCCGUGGUGGUGGACAAAGGACAGAGGAUAGCCGUGGUGGUAGACAAAGGGCAGAGGACAGCCGUGGUGGUGGACAAAGGACAGAGGACAGCCGUGGUGGUGGACAAAGGGCAGAGGACAGCCGUGGUGGUAGACAAAGGGCAGAGGACAGCUGUGGUGGUGGACAAAGGGCAGAGGACAGCCGUGGUGGUGGACAAAGGGCAGAGGACAGCCGUGGUGGUGGACAAAGGGCAGAGGACAGCCGUGGUGGUGGACAAAGGGCAGAGGACAGCCGUGGUGGUGGACAAAGGGCAGAGGACAGCCGUGGUGGUGGACAAAGGGCAGAGGACAGCCGUGGUGGUGGACAAAGGACAGAGGAUAGCCGUGGUGGUAGACAAAGGGCAGAGGACAGCCGUGGUGGUGGACAAAGGGCAGAGGAUAGCCGUGGUGGUGGACAAAGGGCAGAGGACAGCCGUGGUGGUGGACAAAGGGCAGAGGACAGCCGUGGUGGUGGACAAAGGGCAGAGGACAGCCGUGGUGGUGGACAAAGGGCAGAGGACAGCCGUGGUGGUGGACAAAGGGCAGAGACGGUCCAGACUGGAACCCUCAGACGGUCCAGGCUGGAGCCCUCAGACGGUCCAGGCUGGAACCCUCAGACGGUCCAGGCUGGAACCCUCAGACGGUCCAGGCUGGAGCCCUCAGACGGUCCAGGCUGGAACCCUCAGACGGUCCAGACUGGAGCCCUCAGACGGUCCAGGCUGGAACCCUCAGACGGUCCAGGCUGGAACCCUCAGACGGUCCAGCCUGGAACCCUCAGACGGUCCAGGCUGGAACCCUCAGACGGCCCAGGCUGGAACCCUCAGACGGUCCAGGCUGGAGCCCUCAGACGGUCCAGGCUGGAACCCUCAGACGGUCCAGGCUGGAACCCUCAGACGGUCCAGGCUGGAACCCUCAGACGGCCCAGGCUGGAGCCCUCAGACGGUCCAGGCUGGAGCCCUCAGACGGUCCAGGCUGGACCCUCAGACGGUCCAGGCUGGAGCCCUCAGACGGUCCAGGCUGGAACCCUCAGACGGUCCAGGCUGGAACCCUGAGACGGUCCAGGCUGGAACCCUCAGACGGUCCAGGCUGGAGCCCUCAGACGGUCCAGGCUGGAACCCUCAGACGGUCCAGGGUGGAACCCUCAGACAGUCCAGGCUGGAGCCCUCAGACGGUCCAAGCUGGAACCCUCAGACGGUCCAGGCUGGAACCCUCAGACGGUCCAGACUGGAGCCCUCAGAUGGUCCAGGCUGGAGCCCUCAGACGGUCCAGGCUGGAGCCCUCAGACGGUCCAGGGUCUGA